ACAUAGUCCGUGAAUCGAUAGUGUUGAAUAUUAGCUAUGAAUUCAAGAGCAUUAUUGAUAGCUUUGUUUAUCCUUUUAAAUAUUUCUCUAAUUGAUGCACAACUAGGAGAUUCAUGGUACUCGCAAGUCGAUGAAUUAAAUAGUCAAAGAGCAACCAUAAACUGUACUUUUCCAGAAGAAUAUAACAAAGCUGACAGAGAAUAUUGGAUUUUACCGAAUGGAACGCAAUUGCGUAUACCAUCGGUAAAUGGUCGAUUUCAGGUUGAAGAUGACGGUAAUUUAACUAUAAAUACCGUACAAAAGUUAGAUCUUGGAGUCUAUUAUUGCGUUUUUACAAACGAUACGAAUAUUAGGCUAAUUAAGCGUGGAAUCAAUAUUAAUGGUCCUUAUUUUAUUUCAACGUGGAGUGUAUACCGUAAAAGUACGAUAAUUGGAUGUUCGGCUUUUGGAGGAUAUAUAUUUCUUGCACUUUGUACAGCUCUACUAUAUCGUUUUAGAUGGCAAGGAGAUAAAGAAGACGAAGAUCCAUAUAAUUUUAAUGGUGAAAUAAAUCAGGCCUAUUUAAGAGAUAUACCUAUCGAGAGACUAGGGCCACCACUUGAUAAAGCUGACUACGACACAACUCGUAUGUAA